UGCCAUCUGCCACUAAGGCCUGCACAGCUUAAUAUAAACUACAAGGAAGUCUCGAUCAGUAUUUCUGCUUCUGCCAGGCUCCGUGACACUUCAAUGGAGGGACAUUACAUUGCUGGUUCCAUGGAUGCACUGAGGUCCACAAGAUGGCACAGACUACUUUAGGCCCUGCCCAGAGUCCAGGAGUCCAGACAGCCUGGAAGACAAGCAGGAGUUGCAGCCCAAGUUGGAGAGAGAGAGAGAGGAGAAGCCUACUGCAGCCCUGUGUGUCCUUGACGCUGUUCAGGAGAUAAAGACCAGCAGGCGGUCUGAAGUCUGCCUUCAGUUCUCACUAAGCCACUCUGAGAAUGGAGCGAUCCACCCGGGAGCUGUGUCUCAACUUCACCGUUGUCCUAAUUACAGUUAUUCUUAUAUGGCUUCUUGUGAGGUCCUAUCAGUACUGAGAUGCCACAGCUCCUGGAAUUGACUGCAAUGCUCCAGAGCUGUCUUCUGUAUGGCCUUCAAUCCCAUUGCUGUCAUGGAAUGCCUUUUUUUGGCACCCCAUAGCACUUCUGACCUGCAUGCACAGUAUCCGAAGUGCCUCCAGUGCCAGGAUCGAUUGUGUGAUUUCUAACGAUGCUGCUCUGAAGGGCUGCCAAGUGUUUGCCAGUGAGCCUUAGAUUUAUUCCCCAACUCUUACUGCAAAUGUGUUAGACAAGCCACAAGGUUAAAAGUAAACUGGAUUCAUGAUGACAGAAUUUUAACAAGCCUCUGAUCUGUCUCACCACACAUCCCUUCAACCCACACUCAGCAACCAAACUCUAAAUCAACUGGCGAGAAGAAAGAACCAUUAAAGGAAAUCGUCACCAGCCCCUAUAGCUGUCAUGUGAAUAAAGUUGUCAACCACAAAAA